AGCAGAGGUGGGGUGAAAGGGGAGGGUGGAUUACAGAGUAUAAAUUCGCAGUGGCUUUCUGUUUUGCUGCAGAGCUCCAUUUUUACUGCAGAGCUGGCAGAGAUCCUCCACACCUUCACUGAAGACUAUACGGAUAUCACGCAGAAACAAGGAAGCCAUGAAUUCCCAAAUUGCAAAGAAAAAUCAAAGCCUCACUACAGCUGAGGAGAUGAGAAACCAAACCAAGCUUGUGAUGCAGCCGUAUGCCAACUGGGAGGAGUAUCUGACUCCUGCUCCACUCUCCAUAGCCAUCCUGGGAGAGUUGGUCUUCAUCUCCUCCACAAGAGACUUCUCCAUCAACAAGAACCCACCUAAAGCUGGCUACAAGUACAUGAAAUACCCAGAUUCAUUUCGUGCCUGCCUCAUGCAGGUGUGUAACUCUGGCUGGUGGGCUUUCAACGAGGCCCAUAAGAACAUGGAUCAGAUUAGACUCCACACCAUGGCAGUUCCAGAUUACAUGAAGGUGGCUGUGAAGAUCCUGUUCCAAGACAAUGAUGAGGUUGUUGAAGCCCACCUUCCUGACCAGCUGGAGAACAUUCGUGUCAUUGCAGAUGACUGUCUUGAGUUGGCCAAUGCAACAGAAAAGCAGUUCACUGAUGUCAUCAAUAUUAUCCAGGAACUGCUGGAAGCAUGUGUAAAUGCUGAGCACUUUUAUGGGGAGGAGCUGGAUGCUAUCAAGAGGAAACUGGAUGAGGCCAAGAUGAGGAAACAGUCAUCAGAAGAAGCUACUAAACGCUCAGAGAAAGCAAUGAAAGCCAUGGAAGAGCAACUUAAGGAAGCACAUGCAGGUUACAAAGAAGCAAUGGAUUCACUACCCGGUGGAUGGGAGAUGAUUGGUAUGGAUUUUGUCGCAGGUUUGACUGAGGGCAUCACAUCUCUUAUUAAUGGAGUAACAGCUGUGAUUACCCAGCCAGUGAAUCUACUUUGUAAUGCUUCCAGAACAAUUGCUGAUACAAAGCAUCACAUUAAAGAUAAAGAAUCUGCUGUUGAUGGUAUUGGUGUAAUUAAUAUUUAUAGCAAAUCUGCAGAAAUCCUGAUGUGCACAGUGAAUGUACAAGAGUUUGUGCAGGACAACACUAUUAACUGGAAAGACUUGUAUGAUCAGAAGAAUAAAGCUACAUUAACAGAUUUCCAGGCAGAUCAGUUCAAAAGAAUCAAGGAAAGUUUAGAAAAAAGCCCAAACUGCAAAGCAAAAACUGAUGCCCGAAACAUUUGUGAUGAGGGCAUUGCAAUCUGUGCAGAACUAGCAAAGUAUGGACCAGAGGGGAAAUGUGAAGAAACCAAAACAAAGAAGCUGAUUAAAAGGAUCAGAAAUCUGACUGAAUCAGCUCGAAGUUUCGACAGUAAAAGUAAAGACGUCACAAAUUCUCCUUCCCUGGCUCCCAAACCACCAAUGAUGUAUAAAGAAGAAAGUAAAUCUGGGAAGAUGAGCGCUUCACAAAGAGCAUCAGAGAAUGCCAGGUUCCGCAUAGAGCAGAGCCGCGCUCAACUGGACAAGACCAGAGAGAUCUAUGAGAAGAGUGUAGAGAACAUGGAGAAGAACCAAAAGGAGCUGACUGAAAUCCUGAUCACCAUGAGGAACUGCGAGGUCAAAGAGAUAGACUUUAAAACCACUAUACAAAUGCUGGUCAAAGGUAUGGAUGCCAUGGGGAGAGUGAAGGAGCAGUGGGAGAAGAUGGUGCGUUUCUUUCAGAUGGUGUCCAACAUCGUGAAAACCAGCCUGACAAGAACCCUUAAAGAUUUUGUGUCCACAUCUGAGAAAACACAAUCACUUCCCUAUAACGCAAAGCUCUUCUCCAAAGACCUGCUCUACAAUCAAGCCUUUCAAGCCACUAACAUCGCCAGCCUCGUCCACAUGAUCUCAGCAACCUACACCGAGGUGUCCACCAAUCACAUCGUGGAUCGUGUCAGCUCUCUGGGGAAACUGAUGGCCAUGGACAAGGAAAAGCCAGAGUUUCUUUCUGAGCGUCUGCAGUUACAGAGCUCCUGUGAUGAGGCCCAGAAAGCCAUCUUACGCCUCGUCCUCAAGAACAAGAAUGAGUUUGAAAGGAAGAGUGCUGCAAGACUGGAGAAGAUUGACAAAGAGUUGCUCGCUAUUCUCCCUGCUGCUGCUCCAGAAGAGAUAAAGAGCAUUCAAGCAGCUGUUAAAAGUGGAUUCACAGAGGAAGAGGAAGCAGACUACGCCUGAGUGAAUGAAAUGAAAAAAUGAAAUGAAAAUAAAAAAUUCUACUUUUUUUUAUAUCGAAACACGUACAGCAUGUAAUAAAUGCAAUAUAUUAUCGCAGUAUUGCUAUUCAGUCUCGUUGUAAAAUAUGUUUUAUAGGGAAUUAUUUUACUUAAACUUACAUUGGUAAUUUCUUACAUUACAUAAUAUUUUAUGUAAGACUUUAUGUAAGACUUUACAUAAUAUUAUUUUGCAGUUGACUGGAAAAUAUUCUUGGAUCAGCUUGCAUCGUAUCAUUCACACAUUUUGUCACAUUUAAUUAACUCACUUUAAACCUUCCAUUCUAACUGCACUCAUAUUACAAAUAUUAAUAUUAAGCCAAACAAUUGGAAAGAGUUUCAAGGUCACUGGAGUAACUGGAUCCCUGCAGUGACCUGGUUCAGGUCAGGGUCAAAGUCACUGGAAACGUCAUACUGGAAACGUCAUACUGGAAGCAGAGCAAUGCGCCACUUCAAUUCCUGGUACAGACACCUGUCUGUCUCUUUCUGUCUUUCUGACACUGUCUGUCUCUCUUAAGGAGAAAUCUUGCCCUACAGCGCCAUCUGCUGUUGAUCGGAGUAACAUUAUGUUGUGAUUCUGUUCAUUUUUUUUAUUCGAACAAUUUUUCAAAAUGCUUUAUACAUUAAAUUCUCACUUUGUGUUUUUUUUUUAAUCAAUAAAACUGAAUGCUUACGACUCACGACACAUCUGCACUAAUUCUAAUUCAGUAGAUUGUUAAUGCCAUGAGAGUCUGUUGCUUCUCAUAGAUAUAUUGUCUUUGAUAAUAAAAAAAAGAAAUACUUAGCUAAUGUACUAAUACGAGCUAAUUUGAAAAAGCCAUGAUUACCACAAUUGUCAAAAAUUGAUCAACAAUGUUUUUGAAUUAAAAAUACUUCAUUUAAAAAAACAUAUGAUUGCAUAUUUGUUUGUUAAAUGAGUAAAGUUAAUAAAUGUAUUUCUUUAAAGGUCA